AUCGGAGGAGCCUCGAACAGCGGGGACCAGAAUCCGCUGCUGCAGGCCAGCGGCAGCGUCUCCGGAACGCCCUUGCAGGAUGACAAGUCGGCGAGGAAGCGGACCGAAGACAAGAGCAAUAGCAUCUGAUAACCAAAGAUACAUAUAAGGUGAUUCGUUCGUCCCCAGUAUUUUAGAAUGAAAAGCGACUUGAGAGAAAAAAGAUGUGGUUAAAGGCACUUGUUCCACUGCUCUUGGUCCAAUAUUUGGCGGCCACAUGCGAUGUGUGCCAAAGUGCCAGCAAAGUGGCUUGUCACAGUGAAACCACAUUUUCUAUCUGCUAUGACGGUGAACCAUCUUAUGAUAUGCUGUCAUGUCCAACGGAUUAUUAUUGCACCGAUGGUUUUUACACUUGCUAUCCAAAUGCCGAUCCAGUUUGCAAAUUAGACACCACAACCACUGAGAUCCCAACUACCACGCACAUCCCAACUACCACGCAAAUCCCAACUUCCACACAGAUCCCAUCUACCACUGAGAUCCCAACUACAACGCAGAUCCCAACUACUACAACAACCACUAAGAUUUUAACUACUACAACAACCACCGAGAUCCCAACUACCACAGAGAUCCCAACUACUACAACAACCACUCAGAUCCCAACUACUACAACAACCACUGAGAUCCCAACAACUACUACCACCACAGAGAUCCCAACUACUACAACAACCACUGAGAUCCCAACUACCACAACUACUGCAACCCCUACAGCCGAUAACCUCUGCCAGCAAGCCACUAAAAGCACAUUUUUUGAAAACGUAGAUGAUCCCACCUGCACUACUUUUAUAACCUGUAGUGUAAAUACCACCGACGGAACCCACUCAACAAAAUUAACUUCAUGCAAGGCUAAUCAGUACUACAGUACCAGCUUGAAGGUUUGCACAGCGACCAAACCGGAUGGCUGUGUGGAGGCAACCACAGAGACGACCUCAACCACUGUGACCACCACCGCUGCUACCACAACCACCGUGACCACCACAACCGCUAGUACGACCACAGCCGAACCCUGGAGUGCUGAAGCCACCUGCUCGACUGUCACCAAAAGCACUUUGUUUCAAAACCAAGACGAUCCGACCUGCACCACAUAUCUUUAUUGUUAUGUUUCUAAUGGAUCAGCUAAGGCUUUAAUCAGGACAUGCAAUACAGACCAAUACUAUGAUGCUACCACAAAAGUAUGCAGUGAUACCAAACCAGAUUAUUGCACCUAAUUUUGGAGCAGAUAUAUUUGUGUAUUAUCACAUCUAUACCAAUAAAAAAAGUAAUAACCAUAUUAUAUGAUUAGGCUUUAAGUAUUUGUUAAAAAACCUUCUUGAAAUUCUUAAAAAGUGAAAUAUUUAAAACAUAAAAACAAAAUACCAGGAAGGAUUAGACAAAACUGCAUUUCCAAACAACCGUAUUCCUAUUCUUGACAACACUCAGAAGUUACC